AUGGCGGCGCAAAACAUGAUGACCUCAAUCGUUUGGGUGUGCACGUCUCCAGACUCCAUUAUUCGUCUUCAAAGCAAGAUGAAUGAACAGCUGGAAGGCAAAGUGAAGAUCUGGAAGGCUACAGUUGAAGAGAAUCGCGGCGCUCUCAAGUUAGCCCACGAGGUGGUCCAGAAACAAGUUUCCUUGCCACUGGAUGUCAGUCAACAGUGCCUGGAGACGUACGACUUUUUUUCGUCAAAAGGUUACGAGUAUUUGAUAAAGCUAUUGGAUGGGGAGAGAGUAAAAAAGAGUGUUGAAACAUACACUACAGCUUGUGUUCAUUGA